AUGGCCAAGUACAAAGGGCCCAGAAGCGACAAAAGGCCAUGUAACCCUGCUCCUCUGUCACAACACACUAACACGAUUUACAGUCUGGCAGUGGAUGAUGUGUAUGAAUAUCUGUGGGAGAAGAAUAAAGACAUCGCUAAUAAGACAAUCGGGUUGGACUUCCUGAGGCAAAUGGAGAACGGCAGCCUGCAGGCGGAGCGAUACGUCAACUUCACCAUCCAGGACAUCGGCUACCUACUGAAAGUCACCAAGAUGUUGAAGAGAAUGAGUGCCAAAAUAGCUCAGCCCAAUGACAUCAGGGACUUCAUGAAAGGCAGAUAUUUGAGCUACAAAAGUUUUGCAGACUUUAUGCUCAAACAGUAUUAUCCACAGGGCAAGCCUCCCAUUCAGCAAACUCCAGCUAUGAGGAAGUAUCUGGCGUUCUACAGAAACCUGAUGGACAAUGAAGAGCCGCUGUACUUUGUUGUGGGUCUUCUGCCCUGCGCUAGACUCUGGGUUUGGCUGGCUAAAAAUCUCAACACUCCUCCAACCAAUGCCUACUACACUUGGAAGGUGGAGAAUAUGGGCGGCCAUCCUGAGAAACACUACAGAGCUCUGCUGAAUAAGUAUCUCAUCACACCUGAGAAAGUGGAGAAGGCUAAUGCUAUGUUCCGCGCACAGAUGCAGAAUGAGCACGAUUUCUUCUUCUCAUCUUGA